CCGCUGGGCUCCCGGGCAGUCAGCCUGUCUCCACGCCCAGCCUGGGGAGUCUCGGACCACAGCAGGACCAACGGGGACUGGGCCCCGGCGCACGGAGCCAGCAGGAUGGAGGCCUCGUGCCUGGAGCUGGCCCUGGAAGGGGAGCGCCUGUGCAAGGCCGGGGACUUCCGGGCAGGCGUGGCUUUCUUUGAGGCGGCCGUGCAGGUGGGCACCGAGGACCUCAAGACGCUGAGUGCCAUCUACAGCCAGCUGGGCAACGCCUACUUCUACCUGAGGGAGUUCGCCCGGGCGCUGGAGUACCACAAGCACGACCUGCUGCUGGCCCGGACCAUCGGCGACCGCAUGGGGGAGGCCAAGGCCAGUGGGAACCUGGGCAACACUCUCAAGGUGCUGGGCCGCUUCGACGAGGCCAUCGUGUGCUGCCAGCGGCACCUGGCCAUCGCCCAGGAGCAAGGGGACAAGGUCGGGGAGGCCAGGGCUCUGUACAACAUGGGCAACGUGUACCACGCCAAGGGCAAGCAGCUGUCGUGGAACGCCGCCCAGGACCCGGGGCACCUGCCGCCCGCCGUCCGCGAGACACUGCGCAGGGCCUCUGAGUUCUACGAGAGGAACCUGAGCCUGGUGAAAGAGCUGGGCGACCGCGCGGCCCAGGGCCGGGCCUACGGCAACCUGGGCAACACCCAGUACUUGCUGGGGAACUUCUCGGAAGCCACGGCCUUCCACAAGGAGCGCCUGGCCAUCGCCAAGGAGUUUGGGGACAAGGCGGCCGAGAGGAGGGCCUACAGCAACCUGGGCAACGCCCACAUCUUCCUGGGGCGCUUCGAUGUGGCCGCUGAGUACUACAAGAAAACACUGCAGCUGUCGCGGCAGCUCCGGGACCAGGCGGUGGAGGCACAGGCCUGCUACAGCCUCGGCAACACCUACACGCUGCUGCAGGACUACGAGCGCGCCGCCGAGUACCACCUGCGGCACCUGCUCAUCGCCCAGGAGCUGGCCGACAGGGUGGGGGAGGGCCGGGCGUGCUGGAGCCUGGGGAACGCCUACGUGUCCAUGGGGAGCCCGGCACAGGCCUUGACCUUCGCCAAGAAGCACCUGCAGAUCUCCCAGGAGAUCGGGGACCGCAACGGCGAGCUCACCGCCCGCAUGAACGUGGCGCAGCUGCAGCUGGCCCUGGGCCGCCUGGGCAGCCCGGCGGCCGUGGAGAAGCCCGACCUGGCCGGCUACGAGGCCCAGGGAGCCAGACCCAAGAGGACACAGAGGCUGAGCGCCGAGACCUGGGACCUGCUGCGGCUGCCCCCGGAGCGGGAGCAGAAUGGAGACAGCCACCACGCAGGGGACUGGCGGGGGCCGGGCAGGGACUCCCUCCCCCUGCCCGUGAGGAGCCGGAAGUACCAGGAGGGGCCCCGGGAGGGCAGCCACUCCCCGCUGGACAGCGCCGACGUCCGGGUGCAGGUGCCCCGCACGUGCAUCCCCAGGGCGCCCUCCGUGGACGAGGAGUGCUUCUUCGACCUGCUCAGCAAGCUCCAGGACAGCCGCAUGGACGACCAGCGCUGCCCGCUGGAGGAGGCCGCGGCCGCCGCGGAGCCAGGCGCCCAGCCCGCCAUGACGGCCUCCCCCCAGACCGAGGAGUUCUUCGACCUCAUCGCCAGCUCGCAGAGCCGCAGGCUGGAUGACCAGCGGGCCAGCGUGGGCAGCCUGCCGGGGCUGCGCAUCACCCACAACAACGUGGGCCACCUGCGGGCCGACGGGGAUGCCCAGGAGCCGGGGGACGAGUUCUUCAACAUGCUCAUCAAGUAUCAGUCCUCCAGGAUCGAUGACCAGCGCUGCCCGCCGCCUGACGUGCUGCCUCGAGGCCCGACCAUGCCAGACGAGGACUUCUUCAGCCUCAUCCAGAGGGUGCAGGCCAAGCGGAUGGACGAGCAGCGGGUGGACCUGGCCGGGAGCCCGGAGCAGGAGGCGGGCGGGCCCCCCGAGCCCCGGCCGCAGUGCCAGCCGGGCACUGGCUAAGGCCUUGCGCCCAUGGCUAGGCCCACGCAGCCCCCAGUCCUGGAUGCCUCGGGGGUUGACGGGCAUCCACCGUGACCACAGCCCCCCCGGGAAGCCAAACCCUCCUGCGGCCAUGGCCGGGGACUGGCCCUGCCCCCUGAGCUGGACGCUGGGCACACAGCCCCUGCGCACCCCCCUCCCCGGGCAGCAGCCCCUCCGCAUGCUGGCCCCCAACCCCGGUGCUGUCCAGCCCCCCACGCCCUCUCCCUGGGCACGGCCCCGCCCUGCCAGAUGUGAAGCCCGGCUGCCCCCAGCCCCGACGGCGUCCUUGAGUGUUCUCGGGGGGCUGAGAGGACGCCCCCGCCCCACACCCUCCUCUCCCCCACUCCCAGCCCAGCGCAGGCGAGCUGUGGCCAUCGCGUGAGCCUGGCCUUGUCCUAGGACGCUGGCCGUCAGCCAGGUCUGUGCCAAGGGGGGGGUGACGGGGACCAGGCUCUGCGGCCACCGCUUAGGCGUCAGUGACCACCGGGGACUUCAGCUCACACCCCCCCCCACUGGGGGAGAUGACGUCACUGCUUCUCCCCGGGGGAGGGCUCUGGCCCCACACGCCCACGUCAGCCCCCGGGGGUCGUGGGCCCCUCCCCAGAGUGGCGCCCCAGGCCUGGCCCCCGCCACGUGGCACAGCCAGCCCUCGGGCAGGGGCGGGGGCGGCCGUGCACACUUGAAUGUACCUGCGUGUCCCCUGCUGUGUCUGCCGUGUUGUCGGGCUCUUUCUAACCCAAGAGGUACGUUUCUCUGUUUUUCCUGAAAAAUAAAGUCUGCCAGUGA